AUGCUGUCCCGCGCCUCAACCGUCGCACGGGUCGUACCCCCUCUGGCCCAGGUUCUAGGCCGCGCCUUUACGGCGUCGGCCACUCCCCUCGGUGGCGGCAAGCACCAAAGGCCAAGGUUCGGCAUGUCCAAGCCCGGCGACCGCGAGCGUGGUGGCCAGCCCGGCCGUUUCGACAGGCGCGACCGCGACCGCGACAGCGACAGGCCCGUCGAGUCGUACGAGCAUAGCGGCCAGCGCAGCUUUGAGAAGCGCGGCAACGGCAACGCCUACGAGUCCCGCGGCCAGCGUUUCGACAGGCGCGACGGCGGCGGCGGUGGCGGCGGUUACGCCCAGCGAAACCAGCGGUUUGAGCGUGGCGACCGCGAGGAGCGCGGCGGACGCUUUGAGAGGGACGACCGUUUCAGCAGGGGCGACCGUGAGGACCGCGGUGACCGUUUCCAGAAGAACGACCGCUUCGAGGCCCGCGGUGACCGUUACCAGAAGAACGACCGCUUCGAGUCUCGUGGCGACAAGUUCCAAAAGAACGACCGCUUCGAGUCCCGUGGCGAGCGUUUCCAAAAGAACGACCGCUUCGAGUCCCGUGGCGACAGGUUUCAGAAGGAAGACCGCUUCGAGGCCCCUGGCCGUACCGAGCAGACGCUUGCGCCUGUUGAGUCCUUCGGCGACGGCCCCUUGAUCUUGGACAAGCCCAUCCACCCGCGUGACCGCCAGCAGGCCGGUCCCCGCGAGUUCCCUGUCCCCAAGGACCAGGCCACCGUGGACCGCGCAAAGCGUCGCGACUUUGGAGAGUUUGGUAUCCGCGCCGAUCUCCUCGAGGCCCUCGGCCAGAAGUUUGUCAAUGGAAAGACUACGCCUGUCCAGUCUCUCGCUUGGUCGAGCGACCUCAUGAAGGAACCCAACCCUGCCAAGGGCCCUCACCGUGCCAUCCUCGGUGCCGAGACGGGCAGUGGCAAGACGCACGCCUACCUCGUUCCCGUCAUGCAGCACCUCAAGGCUACCGACAAUGUCGACUCCGCCAGCACUGCCCCGAAGGGCGCCAACGUUCAGCCCCGCGCCCUUGUCCUCCAGCCUACCCACGAACUCACUCGUCAGAGUGCUGCCAUGGCCAAGUCGUUCACCCACCACGCCAAGCUUUCUGUCGUCGGUGCCAGUACCGGCAACUACACGUCGGUCCGCCGUGCCGGCCGUAUCGACAUGCUUUUCGCUACCGCUACCACCUGCAAGAACCUUCUCUUCCCCCAGGAGGAGGCCAACAAGGAGGCUAGCAAGGAGGCUAGCAAGGAGGCCAGCAAGGAGGCCAGCAAGGAGGCCAGCAAGGAGGCUGCCACCGAGGCGCAUGAGGAGGGAGAGCAGGAGGAGGUUGAGGACAACUCGUGGCCCCCCAAGAAGGAGGUGGUCAAGCCUCCCCACCUCGACUUUAGCCGUCUUGACUGGCUGGUCCUCGACGAGACUGAUGUUCUCCUCGGUGAUGCCUUCAAGGAGGAGACUGGUGCCAUUAUCGAGCGUGUCCGCGCCGAGGCGCCCAACUGCAACAUCCUCCUCGUGACUGCCACGCUCUCGCCCGCCCUCCUCGAGUCGAUCAAGACCAACGACCUUCUCUCACAGAAGCCGUUCGCCAAGCACCUCUCCCCCGGCCUCCACCAGCUUCCCACCAACCUCGAGACCCGCUUCGUUCCCUGGAGCAAGCGCGGUACCGCUCUCACCGACGUUGCCGCCGAGGUCAAGCGCGGUUUCGCCGAGGACGCCAUGGACGAGAAGCUCGCUGCUGACCGCGAGGGCGCUGGUCUUCUCAACUCCAAGUCAAAGGCCGUCGUCUUCGUCGGUACCGCCAAGAAGGCCGAGCAGAUGGUCAAGACCCUCCUGUCCAGGGACAUUCCCACCAUUGCGUGGACCUCGGACGCCAUGUCCGAGUUCAAGGGUCCCAAGAGCAAGAGCCCCAUCCGUUCUUUCCUCGUCUCGCACAAGCCCGAGCGUGCCGCCGUCCCAGAGAGCCCCGCUGCGACUGAAACCGCGGCUGCCCAGGACGAGAACGUUGAGCCCCGUGUCCUCGUGACAACCUCGAUGCUCUCGCGUGGUCUCGACUUUUCCCCCGCCGUCUCGUCCAUCUACCUCGUCGACCCUCCUCGUAACGUCCUCGACUUUGUCCACCGUGCAGGCCGUACGGCCCGUGGAGGUUACCACGGCCGCGUCACGCUCUUUGGUCUGGCCAACUUCUCACAGGUCCGCUACGGCGAUGCCCUCAAGGGCAUCGUGCGUAAAGUCAGCACCAGGCAGGCGAUUGUCCCCGGUGCGCGCAGGCCGGACGCCCGCAUGGCCCAGCUUCGUGCCUUUAAGAACCGCCAGUAG